CUUGUAGAGAUAACCGUAGGAGCCUGUGUACUUAUUUUAUCUUGAAGGAAAUGUAGAUCUUAGAGGCUGAAGUGAUAAAAGCUUGGGCUAUUUUUACAUAUUUUUUAAACUGUUGAAGUUAAUCUGAGAGAUACUAGAAAAGUUUAAAGUCUGUUUUUAUGUUCAAGUUUGUGAUACAUGCAUUGUCAUGUUUAUAUUUGCGAAUGACAUAAUUGCCUGCAUUAUCGUUUUCUUUGCUGGCCAUUAAAACUGUGACAAUUUCAGUUUCGGAGUGACUGUGAUGAAUUAUGGGACUCUUAAGUUAAACACGUUCAAAUCUUGAAAAAUAACCUUCCAAAUAACUUUAAAUUACUAUUUUAUGUUUACUUAGGAAUAUAUGCAGAUGUGGAUUUUAAAGAGGCUCUCUUACUCAACAUAGUUAACCAGUUUCUCCUUUUAAUUUUUUUUCUUUUCACAAAAACUGCUCACCAAGAUUUUUGGAAAAUGGAUAAAAGUCGUCUGAAUGGAAUCUUGAAAAAAACUGGGAGUGACUAAAAAAGUUUAUUAAGUAGAAAAACUGCUGCUCCUAUGCUAAUUGAAGUCUGAUAUAACUUUGACAAAUUGAGAGGUCUGACAAAAGUGUGGGAUUAAGAUUGUCAGAUCAAAGUGGUGACUCCCUGUCAAGGUCACACAAAGAAGGCUAUUGUGUACCAAGGAAGAGUGCAUUCAGACUGGAUAUUGAUUUAUUGGAAACAAAUGGUGUUCAACAAAUGAAGAUUUCCCACAUCCUACCUGUGCUUAUAAAGCCUAAAUAAGGCAGCUAGGGUAAACAAUGGAAGAGAGAUGGCUGGAAGGCCAGAGCUCUUAGUUUUUGGCGUGUGUUGACCAGUGAAUGCAUGAGUAAAUAUGGAGAACCACUUGUCCUUUAGUUGUCAUGGCAGCCAGCCCAGCGCAAAGAGCUCAGCUGACUAUAGUGGUAUUGAUCUGGGAUUUCAUGUUUCUGAUGAUAGAGAUGUUUUGGAUGGACUUCUCAGUCAGGAACACAUGGACACGUGUGAGAGAGUCCUCUGUCUAGAGAAGAAAGUCCAGCAACAGGAGGACGAGAUCAUCUGUCUGAAGAGUGCGCUAGCGGACGUCAUCAGGAGACUGGGCCAUGUGGAGGCCAGUAAAGCACAAUCAUCAGUGUUGCCCAGCAAGCCCAAUAUUAGAGGAACCCCCACUAGGCGGACCGAGAAAUCAUUCACCAAUCCUCUGGAGAAUGCCCGCGUCACGCCCAGCAAAAGGCCCACAACGCCCACACAUCGAACUACUGCGUCUCCACGCACUAACACUUCAAACAAAAAAUGGUCUUCCAUGUCAAACUCUUUGGACUCUCCAAGUUUCCAUAGGGACGGCCAGGCUAGCAAUUCGAAACCUGUUGAACCAAAAACUAGUAAACCUGUUGAACCAAAAUCUAGCAAACCUGUUGCACCAAAAACUAGCAAUUCUGUAGAAUCAAAAAGAAAAUCUAGUAAAGGCUAUGAGCAAGAGAGUUCCAAUGAAAGGAGCAGCCGAGAAGCAGAAUGGAGAGCAGAGGAAGGAUAUGUGAAAAUCUACCUCAGGGGCCGGGCCAUUAACCUGUAUGCCCCCACCUCAGUGGAGAAUGUGGACGUUACUGCUGUGGCUGAUCCACCCUCAGAAAAACUCAAGCUGGAAUGGGUUUAUGGAUAUCGUGGCAGAGACUGCCGCUCUAACCUGUACUACCUCUCCACCGGGGAAAUCAUCUACUUCGCCGCCGCCACCGUCGUCCUCCACAAUGUGGAGGAGAACACCCAGAGGCAUUAUCUGGGUCACACUGAUGAUGUCAAGUGCCUGGCCAUUCAUCCUGACCAAGUCCGUGUGGCUACUGGACAGGUGGCAGGCCAUGACCAGAAAGAGGGCAAGAGAAAAGCUGGGAAAAAAGAUAUCCCUGAAGCUGACAAAGAUCAUUGGCCCCACGUCAGGAUCUGGGACACGAUGAACCUGAACACCCUCCAUGUGAUCGGGAUCGGGGACUUUGACAAGGCCGUCUGCUGUCUAUCCUUCUCCAAACUGGAUGGCGGUAACCACCUGGUGGUGGUGGAUGAGGCUAACGAUCACGUGUUGUCUGUGUGGGACCUCAGUAAGGCCCACCCUAAGAAGAUCACAGAGACCAAGAGCUCAACAGAGCCUGUGUUGGCGGCGGAGUUCCAUCCCCUGGAGAAAGGCAGCAUUGUGACCUGUGGUAAAGGACAGAUCUCAUUCUGGACGUUUGAGGGAGGGUCCUUGGCAAAGAAAACAGGAAUCUUUGACAAACAUGAAAAACCUAAGUUUGUGUUGUGUGUUGCAUUUGCUGAAAAUGGAGACAUCAUAUCUGGAGACUCCAAUGGAAACAUUUUUAUUUGGCCAAAAGGAAACAACAGAAUAUCCAAAGCCAUUGAGGGAGUCCAUGAAGGAGGAAUUUUCUCUGUGUGUGUAAUGAAGGAUGGAACUUUGUUGUCUGGGGGAGGAAAAGACAGGAAGAUCAUACAGUAUGACAGCUCCUACACCAAGACAGGAGUAGAGACAGAGAUCCCAGAGAACUUUGGAGGAGUAAGGAUGCUGAACCAGGGUAAGGGAGGGAUGGUCCUGGUGGGGACGACCAGAAACUGCAUCUUACAAGGAACAGUGGAUCUACAGCUCAACCCCAUAGUCCAGGGUCACAUGGAUGAGCUGUGGGGUCUUGCCUCACACCCCAGCCAGCAGCAGUUUUUGACCAGUGGAUCUGACAAACAGGUCCACAUGUGGGACAGCAUGAGUCGCUCUGUUAUCUGGUCAAAAGAACUCUCAGAAUCAGCUCACAGCUGCUGUUUUUACCCUGAUGGAAGUGUGGUUGCCAUAGGAACAGAGACAGGGAAGUGGUUUGUGUUGGAUUGUGGGACACACGAGACCAUUACUAGUCACACUGACGGCAAUGAGCAGAUCGAGUGUGUCCUAUACUCACCAGAUGGUAAAUAUCUUGCCCUUGGAUCUAGAGACAACCAUAUUUACAUUUAUGAUGUGACUGAAGACGGGAAAAAAUACUCCAGAAUUGGAAGAUGCACUGGACACAGCAGCUUUGUGACCCACAUAGACUGGUCCAGUGACAGUGUGUAUUUGUGCAGUAACUCAGGAGACUAUGAAGUUCUGUACUGGAAGAUUCCAGCUUGUAAACAAGAGACUUCUAUUUCUGCUGUCAGGGAUUUAGAAUGGGCCUCUGGAAAUUGUACCUUAACCUUCAAUGCUGCAGGAGUGUGGCCAGAAGGUGCAGAUGGAACUGAUGUAAACAAUGUCUGUAGAUCAAACAAUGGUAAAGUUCUGGCCAGCGCUGAUGACUUUGGAAAAGUGAACCUCUAUCAAUACCCCUGUUAUCAUCCUAGGGCAAAGAAGCAUUGCUACAAUGGACACAGCAGUCAUGUGACUAACGUCAGCUUCCUGUUUGAUGACUCACGCUUACUGUCCACGGGCGGGCGAGACAUGUCUAUCAUGCAGUGGCAGGUCGUCUAAGUAGUCAAGCCGAAUAGUUAUACCUGAUAGGCAUUAUACAUAGUUGUUGAAUGUCUGAGACAAUAUGAUUGUUAUAUUUUGUUAUAUACAAUGUGUAGUAAUGUAUGAACACUUUUUCUACUCUUUGUACCAUUAUAUUUAUAGUUAACAAAUUUUUCUUGUAUAUUGUUUUUUGUACAGUUUUUUUUUUUCGUGUUUUCAUAUCUUUAUCAUGUUUAGCUUGAUUGUUUAAGAUAUGAUAUUCAAAGCAGUUGAAGAUUUUUUUUAAUGAACAUACAGGGUUUGGAUUUGGUAGAGAUGAAGCUUUAAGGAAUAGACUUUCAGUAUUUUUCAAUUUAGUAAGCAUAUUUAUGUGUGGGAGUGAAUUUUAAAAGUAAUAGUAUAAUGUAUGUAUACUCAAUUUACAAGAAUAAUAUAACUUUGGUUAGUGAAUAGUUUUAUGUAAAUUCAGUGUUGGUGCAUUGGUUCAUGGUGUUCACUUUCAUAUAUUUGCAUCUGAUCAAACCAGAAUACAGUUUGUUAUAUUUAUUACUGGAUAGGUUAGAAUUUCUAUGAGUUGCUCAAAUAGUUACACAAUGAAAAAAAAAUUGUGGAGUACGGUGUACCCUUCUGUAAUUUUCAGUGUUUGAUUUAAAGAAAAAAGUACUUACUUUUCAAUGUUAUUGUGUGGACCAGUUUAAUUUUCAUCAAAUGCUUUUCCUUGUUUCUUUGACACUGAUUUUGAAAUAAAGGAAGUGUUAAAUUGUCUUUUAUGUGUAGUGCUUCUAAGUAAAUGUGCAAUAGAAUUUAUUUAUACAUAAGGCAUAUAGUAUUGCCAUUCCACUGAUUUUGUUUAGUUAAUAUCUUUCUUUAGUAACUGUUACCAGUGGCUAAGAUAAAAAUUUCAUACAGAUGUCUAUUAUGUUGAUUGCAGAAAAGGAUUUCAUUAACGAAAUUGAUGGAAUUUGUAGAAAAUUGUUUAAAGUUUUCAAAAGUUUUAUAUACCUGUAGUUAUAAUAUGUAAGACAAUUUUUUUUUCCUUUAUUCCUAUAUACACCUUUAAUAAAAUAAUUCAUUUGUAUCAUCA